UCUUAGCUUUCCCAUGGAUGCUGGAGUCCAGCAUUGCCUCCAGGCUGGCCCUCCCUUGAUUUGAGCCGGAGCUGUCAGGACCCUCCCAGAGCACCUGAGCCAGGUGUGGAAACCGAAGCCCCCGCAGGGGAAUGGCGAGGUCCCAUAGGCACUGGCCGAGCUAAGACUGGACCCCGGGGCCUCUGACCCUGCAGCCCUUCCGGAGCACUCCAUCUGCCUCUCUCACCUCGGGAAGGACCGCCUUGUCCUUGCGUCCCUGGGCGUCUCCAGCCGGGCCCCAUGGCCUUUGCAGAGCUCCUGGAGCAGGUUGGCAGCCUGGGGAGAUUUCAGAUCUUCCAGAUCGUCUCUCUGUUUUUUCCCAUCGCAUUUGUCACCUCUCACAACCUGCUGGAGAACUUCACGGCAGCCAUCCCCGCCCAUCGCUGCCGUGUCCCCUUGCUGGACAAUGCUACCGCCUCUCCCAAUGAGACCGGGGGCCCGGGGCCCGAGGCUCUCCUGAGAGCCUUCAUCCCCCUGGACCAACACCAGAAGCUGGAGCGAUGCCGUCGAUUCCUUCACCCGCAGUGGCAGCUGUUGGAGCCCAACGCGUCGGACCCACACGCAAGCGCGGCGGGCACCGAGCCCUGUCUGGACGGUUGGGUCUAUGACCACAGCGACUUCACCUCCUCCAUUGUGUCUGAGUGGGACAUGGUGUGUGACUGGCUAUUCCUGAAGCCCAUGACUCAGUCCAUAUACAUGGUGGGCAUCAUGAUUGGCGCUCUCAUAUAUGGCCCCUUGUCUGACAGGUUCGGGCGGAGGCUGGUGCUGAGCUGCUGUUACCUGCAGUUGGCCAUCAGUGGCACCUGUGCUGCGGUUGCCCCCAACUUCUCCCUUUACUGCUCCCUCCGUUUCCUAUCAGCCUUCGCUGUGGCUGGCAUUAUGAUGAAUACCAGCACGCUCUUGAUGGAGUGGACGAAAACCCAGGCUCGAGCCAGGGUGAUGACAAUAAAUGCUCUUGGCUUUAGCUUUGGCCAGGCCUUGCUGUCGGGGGUCGCGUAUGCCAUCCGAGACUGGUGCCUCCUCCAGCUGACCGUGUCUGUGCCCUUCUUCCUCUUCUUUCUGUCUUCAUGGUGGCUCGCCGAGUCUGCCCGUUGGCUCAUCAUCAUGGGCAAAACCGAUCGAGGGCUCCACGCGCUCAGAAAAGUCGCAGGAAUCAACGGGAAGAAGGAGGCCAGAGACACAUUGACCGCUGAGAUUGUGCUAGCCACCAUGCAGGAAGAUUUAACGGCAGCCAAAGCUCGGCACUCAAUGGCGGAUCUCUUCCGGACCCCUGAGCUGCGCAAGCGGUUUGGCUGCAUGCUGUCUCUGUGGUUCACCUUUGGUUUCACCUUCUAUGGCCUCGCCCUGGACAUGCAGAGCCUGGGGAGCAAUAUUUUCUUGCUCCAGGUGCUCUUUGGGGCCAUUGACAUCCCAAACAAGAUGGGCGCCUUCUUCGCCAUGAACCACCUGGGGCGGCGCGUCACCCAGGCGGGUUCCUUCCUCCUGGCCGGCCUCUGUAUUCUGGCCAACACGGUGGUACCUCAGGAGCUGCAGACCCUGCGGAUGACCCUGGCUGUGCUGGGAAUCGGCUUCGUGGGCUCUGCCUUCACCACCGUCGUUGUCUACUGCAGCGAGCUCUUCCCCACCGUGCUCAGGAUGACUGCCGCGGGCGGAUGCCAAAUGCUGGCCCGGCUGGGGUCCAGCCUGGGGCCUCUGGUCAGGCUGCUGGGCCAGGUCAGCCCCUUGCUGCCCCUGUUUGUCUAUGGGGGGGUCCCGGUGCUCGCCAGUCUGACGGCCCUCCUCCUGCCCGAAACCCUCCACCUGCCGCUGCCCGACACCAUCAGCGAUGUGGAGAGCCGAGUGAAAGGUGCCGAGCCAGAGCAGAGCACUGUGAAGUCCACGCCGUUCUAGGACCGCCGGGGAGCCCCCAGCCCUGAGAGCCCACGAGCACCGGCAGCUGGGAGAGAGCACCUCGAGCGGCGGGAGUGCUCGCUUAUUGGAGAGGGUGGAGCACUCACGGGCGCUGCCCUCUCCUGCUCCCCACCCUUCUCGCCAAUCCCUGGGAUUCUGACCUGUUUGCAUCCUCCAUGAGCCUCCUCCCUCUGCUGCCCAAGAGCUCUGAGACACCCAGGGCCUGAUUCCAGCCUUAGCCCCGGGUCUUUCUCUCUCCCCUUUUCCUUCCCCUCCUCUCCUUUCCCUCUUCCCUUUCCCUCCCCCUUCCCCCCCCCUUUGCACCCCUAGUGUGGAGGAUGGGGCAGGGGAGGGGCACUAACUUUCACUGCCGAUGGGGGCUUUCCUAAGACCUCCUCUCUCCCCACAUGAGGAGCCCCUUGGGGCGGGGGGUGGGGGUGGCGAAGGCCUCUGGCUUCCCUGCUGACCAAUGUCCUGAUUCUGCCUUGAACGGGCCCCCAACAGACCCAGUCUGCAUCCGGUUCCACAAACCUCUACUGAAUGGAUACGUCCUAGUCCUUCCCAGUAGAAUGGAAGCUCCGGGAGGGCAAGAAAUGCUUUGUUUAGCCCCCGCAACCGCUUGGUGCAUAGUAGGUGCUUAAUAAAUACUUGCUGCUUGAA